AUGUUCCUCAUGAACGCCCCGCCUGUGGUUGCUCUCCAGUCAAAAUGGGAGCCCUUCGGCCCAUCGGGAAGCUUUAGGUUUUCUGGGUGCUUCUCGGAGUCCACGGAGGGCGUGGCGAAGGCGGCAGUCAGCACCGAGGUGCAGAUGGUCAUCAGCACGCUGCGGGGCAACGGGGCCACCUUGGGCAUGAACAAUGAGCCCGCUGCGCAGAGAAGCCACCGGGGGGAGCGGUGCCACGAUGCCAGGCUUGCUGCCCACCCGGCCGUGCCCAGGGAGCAGCCCACAUUCGCCGCCUGCACGCUGGCCGCUGACUUCGACCCCACGGAGGAGGAGGAGGCUGCGGACUUUGGCCCCCUAGUGCUGGAUUCAGACAGUGAUGACUCCGUGGACCGCGACAUCGAGGAAGCAAUCCAGGAGUAUCUGAAGGCCAAGAGCGGCAGCACCCAGCCUGUGCCUGGUGGGUCCCUGCCUUCAGGGGAUGCAGAGGAGGGCAGCAGAGGCAAGCCGGAACCGCCCCAGAGCAGCAGCGUGACCGCCCUGUGUCUUGCCAAACCUGGAGCAGGAGGCAUCCCUGGAAGCCCCACGGGGGCCACCUCCCCCGUGAGUGUGAGCAGUGACGACUCUUUCGAGCAGAGUAUCCAGGCCGAGAUAGAGCAGUUUCUGAAUGAGAAAAAGCAACAUGAAAUCCAGAAGUGUGACGUUCCCGUGGAUAAAAAGCCAGACGCGAGUGAAAUCCCGGCAAGACUGGCACCGCGGUCCAGUAGAGAGCCGGCCGCGAGGGUACACUGCCAGCACGCCACGGGCGCCGGCAAGGAGUUUGUCUUCCGAAAACAGAAGGGGACAAGCGUGCAGCUGCGAGGCCCCAAGGCUAAAGUCACUGUUGAGCCUGAGGCCUCAAGCAACGCCAGACCAGCAGCCGCCAAGCCAGCGGCCAUGUGCCGCCCUCCGGACACACCUCAGAACAAAGGGGGCGCUAAGAGGAGCGUGGGUGCCGGGCGGAGGGGGAAGCAGGCCAGGAGUGCGGCCCUGGCGCCCGCGGCAUCCGACUCCAGCAGUGAUGACGGUAUCGAGGAAGCCAUUCAGCUCUACCAACUAGAGAAAACGCGGAAGGAGGCUGGCGGGGACCCGCUGCAGAGAGCCCAGCUCAGAGAGGAGAAGGGGCCCAACUCUUCUACCAACAGCACGUGCACCUCCACAAAAAGUGCCUUGCCCGAAACCCGCCGGAAAACCGCCACCAAGAAGAAGCCAGCAGCCCCAAAGGCCUCAGAGGUGGGCCCGGGCGCCCCUGACUCUGGCCAUCCCGCCAGGCCCCCAAAGGACACCAAAGGUUCGCCGCCGCCAGGAGACACAGCCACCAAGAGUGAACGUGCAGACCGGGCCUCCUGCCACGCAGACACGUCCGCCGAGCUGAUGUGCGCUGAAGCCAUCCUGGACAUUUCCAAGACGAUCCUGCCAGCACCCGCUGGAGCCGGUGGCCGGCCCCUGCACACCAGCCCGCUCUUCUCCGCCCCCAGCGUGCCUUCCCGCUCCGACGGGGACAGCAGCUCCGUGGACAGCGACGACAGCAUCGAGCAGGAGAUCCGGACAUUCUUGGCCCUGAAGGCACAGUCGGGGAGCUUGCUGGCCCGCGCUGAGAGCUGCCCACCACCCACAUGGAGCCCACGGUCGUCGCCUGGGGCCAACAGCCAGGCUGGCGGCCCCAAGGCCCCGCCCUGUAAGACACCGGAUGUGCCGCUGAGCUGCAGAAGGAAACGUAGAGGCAGCUGCAGCACCGUAAAACCGUCAGCACCGAAGAAAAGUAAGGAGGGUUCCCGGGAUGCUGAGCACAGCCAGGCGGGUGAUCAGCCCAGCCAUGAUGGGCGGGACGUGCCCAACCAAGGGAGAGCCACCGAGGCCCCAGCCAAGGAGGCCAAGGCAGGGAGCCAGCCUCUCCCCCGCAAGACAGCCGGGCCCGGCGACGAGCUCGUGGCCCCAGACGUGGGAGGCGGCACGUCGCACCACCAGGUGGACGAGGCGAGAGGUGUGGGUGAGAAGAGGAGCCUGGACGACAAGAGCAGCUCGCUGGACAGUGACGAGGACCUGGACACCGCCAUCAAGGACCUGCUCAGGUCCAGGCGCAAGUUCAAGAGGAGGUGCAGGGAGCCCAGAACUGCCGCGUGCAAGAAGAGGGUCCGCUUCAGCGCCACAGAGAUGUCACCAGGCAGCGUCCAGAAAGACUGGAAAGACAGGAGCCCUUGUUUGCCGAAAAGCUGCCUCGCACAAUCCAGAAAGGACGGCAGGGAGAACGCAGCGAGGAGAGCUGGGGCCGGCGUCUGUGGCGUAGGGGACAGAACAUGGACACGCGGUGCUGGGAGUGGGGACGGGCCCCUGGCUUUCCGGCCGAGGAAAAAGGCCCCAGAGGGAAGUUUGUUCUCCGAUGAAGUGGAAGUCCACGAAAACCUGCGCUCCGCCUCGAGCCCCGUCACCGUGUCUGACGACAACAGCUCGGUGGACAGCGAGGACAGCAUCGAGCUGGAGAUCCGCAAGUUUCUAGCCGAGAAGGCCAAGGAGUCCGUGAACUGCGCAGAUGUUCUCGGGGCAGGGGGACUUCCGAGGCCAGAGACACUGGGGGGCAGAAAAGAGCCAGUGCUGGCCCCCGCACCUGGUGUGUGCACACGGAGCCAGAGGGGCCGGGCAGCCUCCCAGCUGGCCGAGGGGCCAAGGAGCACAGAGAGAGCCGCCGGGGUACAGAGCGCGGCCAGGAUCUUUGGCCAGGGUGCCAAGGGCCUCCCAGCCGCCCCAGACAAAUGUGGGCCGGCGCCCCUCAAGAGUGCCAGUGGGGCUUUCUCUGCCAAACGGUCCCCCGCAAGUAGGAGGAACACCUACAGCAGCAAAGACCAGAAUCAGCGAGGGGCAGAGCCCACCGCUGCAGAGAGUCCCUUUGGGCAGCUGCCCAGUGGUGCCCAUGCCGGUGUGGAGGCGGAGCACGCCGGUGCCUUCCAGGUGAGCCCCCAGAGCUGCAGCUUGCUGAGCCCGAGCCCUGGGACGGAGAGGGGGAGCCGCAUGCUCCUCAGCGGCCGGCCCCAGGCCAACCUCGCCAGCCCAUGGAGCAAUUUUGCCCAACAGAGCAGGCUCCAGAGCACAUGGGCACUGCACCCAGAUGCGGCAUGGAAGGGGGGCCUCGGGGCUGAGAGAGACAGCGGCACAGACGGGCCAGCCAAGUGCCCCUCUGGCCUGGCGGUGGACUCCGAGAAGAGCCUGCCCUUCGCCGGCUUUGCCCCCCUGCUGUCCACCCAGCUGUUCCAUUUUGGGAAGAGCGUUUCCUGGGGGGGCAAGCAGGCGAGCCUCUUCAGCUCCCACCUGGGCCUGCCACUGCAGGGACCCUCCUUCUCGGCCUUCCGGGAGGCCCCGCUGGGCCCCAGCCCCAUGUUCGGAAGCUCCCACCUGCUGGUGAAGAAGGACGGUGGGCACUGGCCAAGCAGGAAGGCCCCGGCAGGCCUCGGGCUGCCCGACAGGAGGACCUCGGGGUCGGAAGAGAACCUUCUAGACCUGAGGUACAGACGCAGGGUUGUCGAUAGAGACAGUGAGGACCAGGAGGCUCUGGGCAGCGAUGCCAGCGAGUUCAGUGACACCUCCAUGGAGGACGGCAGUGGCGGGCCUUGGAUCGGGCGGUGGACGUUUGAGCGGAACGGUGCUGCCUUGCAGAGUAGAAGUACCGGUGCCCUGUGCUUCUGCUCUGAGGCCCCCGCGGUGCCCACGGCUACUGUCCCCGAGUGGACAGAGCAGUGGGGACAGGUGGGUGCCUCCCAGGAGCGGUGGCUGCUGAGCGCCUUGCAGCCCCCGGCUGUGCACAAGCGUGUUCUUCGGCUGCUACGGGAAACGCUAGAUGUGCAGCCAGCGUGCAGAGAGUCAGGCCCAGUGCUGACACCUGCCCGCCUGCUUCAGCGUGGAGCUUCCCUGGCACAGCGUCUGCCUGUGGGCCCUACUCUCCUCACCCAGCAGCGAUGGGGGGGAUGCCGCUGCCCUGUCUACACCCACCCUCCCGCCAUGGCCUUGCAGAUUUCGGCCAGGGUGCUCUGUAACACGACACCUGCUCCCUAA